AUGCGUGGACGUCGACAAGAGGACAUUGCUACGACGUCGUCAGCUCCCUCGACAAGCACAUCGCAUAAAAAGAAAACAGUGUCAAGCAAUGGAUCGUUUAGACCCAGAACGCAGUCCAACCCUGGAGGCAAAAUGGAGAUGUACGAUCACUUCUAUAAGAACUUCCAACGACCUCCAAUGGCUCCAGUGUAUUACCCAACGUCUGAAGAGUUCGCAGAUCCAAUCGAAUACGUAGCGAAAAUACGACCGGAUGCAGAGCGCUACGGAGUUGUCAAAAUCGUCCCACCAUCGGACUUCAAACCUCCAUUCGCUAUAGAUAAGGAAAAGUUCACAUUUCGUCCGCGGACACAGAAGCUAAACGAAGUGGAAGCAAUCGUGAAAGAAAAGCAUACUUUCAUUGAACGUCUUGUUAACUUCAACCGAUAUUCUGGACUCCAAUUCGAGUUCCCGGUGGAUAGAGACGGAAACGUUGUGGAUUUGUACAGACUCCAUCGAAUAGUUCAGAAUUUCGGUGGUUGUGAAGAAGUGAACGAUGAGGAACGAUGGAGAGAUGUUGCUCGUGAAUACCUGCCAAAGGAGCAAAUGACUCGAGGAGUUCCAUCUUAUUUCAUCAACCUCAUACGCGCACAUUACAACUUGCACAUUGAGCCAUUCAACCGUAACUUAAAAGAAAAGGCAAUGAAAAACGAAGAUGAAAGUGAUGAUGAAUUGGAGGAAUUAAAGCAUAAAUAUCAACAUCAUCACGGUACAAUGAGAAGUGAGCCUGAAAAUACUGAUGGCAAAAACACAGAAGAUGUCGAAGAAGAAUGCCCGAUGUCAAUGCAGAGUGGACGACGACGGUCUAAAAACAAGAAGCCAGUCCCAGCUAAAAAAUCAUCAAAUGGUACUCCAAAAAAAGGAUCCCGAGGAAAGAAAAAUUCCAAAACUGAAGAAGAUGAAGAGGAAAAUGAAGAUGUAAUUGAGCAAGUAUAUUGCGUCUCCUGUAACGAAGGAAAAGACGAAGAUCUUCUUCUGCUGUGCGACAUUGAAGGAUGCAACAGUGGUCGUCAUACUUAUUGCUGUGAUCCAGUUCUCGAUGAAGUUCCCGAAGGAGAAUGGAGAUGUCCAAAAUGCAUCGAAUCGGAAGACGCCAAGAUUGGACUCGAUUGGGGAUUCUACGACGCUGAAACAGAAUACAACCUGAAUACAUUCACUGAGUUCGCAAACAAAUGGAAGUGCGAUUAUUUCGGAGUUGACAACGUUUCGAAAGUAUCGUGUGAUGCAUUGGAGAAAGAGUUUUGGAAGAAUGUAGUGUCUCAUGACAACCCAGUUGCUGUGAAGUAUGGAGCUGACUUGAUUACAAGCCGAGUUGGAAGUGGAUUUCCACGAAAAGAAGAUAAACAUACUGGUCCCGAUAGCAAACUGAAACAACAAUAUGCUAACCACGCUUGGAAUCUGAACAACAUGCCAGUUCUCAGUGAAUCAGUCCUAUCCUACUUCAACACUGGAAUAUCCGGAAUGAUGGUCCCGUGGGUCUAUGUAGGAAUGUGUUUCUCUACAUUCUGCUGGCACACAGAGGAUCAUUGGACUUAUUCUGUAAACUACAAUCACUUUGGAGAGCGCAAAAUUUGGUAUGGAGUUGGCGGAGACGAUGCUGAAAAAUUCGAAGAAGCAUUGAAAAGACUUGCACCUGGCUUGACUGGAAGACAAAGAGAUCUUUUUCAUCACAUGACCACUGCCGCCAAUCCAAGCCUUCUUCGAUCACUGGGUGUUCCAAUUUAUUCAGUUCAUCAGAAUGCUGGUGAAUUUGUUAUAACCUUCCCCCGUGCCUAUCACGCCGGAUACAACGAAGGUCUUAACUUCGCAGAAGCUGUGAACUUUGCUCCGAUCGACUGGCUGGCGAAAGGUCGCGAAUGCGUGCAAUCGUAUUCAAAUGUACGAAGGUACCUCGUGUUCUCUCACGAUGAGCUCUUGUUCAAGAUGAUUGAAGCCAUGGACAGACUAGGUCUAUCUACAACACUUGCCGCAUACGAUGAGCUCAAAAGAGUGAUUGAAAAGCAGAAGAGACUCCGUCAGUUUAUUGCCCAACUAGGAGUUCCUGCCCGUAACGUGGAACAAGUAGCAUUCGAGAAGAUACCCGACGAGCAGAGAUCAUGUCGAUUCUGUAAAACGACACUGUUCAUGUGUGCUCUGAUCUGCAACAAACACAAACGGAUGACCUGCGUCGAACAUCAUGAUCACCUCUGUAAAACUUGCACUCCGAAAGAUUACAAGUACCAAUACAGAUACGAAAUUGAUAAUUUGACACAUCUUUUUGAUGAGCUUGGAAAGAGAACUGUUGACACCGCUGGAUGGCAAGAGGACGACGACGACAUGUACACCCAAGAGGAGAUGCCGAAACUGGAACCAAUGGUAGAUUUAUACAACGUUGAAGAGCAGAGCAGCAGUCGUCAGAAAAAUCAAGUUCAUAACAUAAUCGCUAUUCAACAUACAGCUAAAAGUGCUAUCGAAAAAGCCAAUCAACUUCUGUUCAAAAAAGUACGCACGCGAACAAAGACUCGAUGCCAAAGAGCAGAUACACGAACUGAUGCGGAUGGAGUCAAAUCUCUCAUUGAACAAAUGCAAGGAAUGGAUUGCAACCUCUCCGGUCUAAUUGAUAAACUUCAAAAGUUUCUCGAUCAAAUCGAUGCAUGGAGAUCCAAAGCUCAAAUCAUGAUGAGUCAAGAACACAAGUAUUCCAAAGAUGAUUUUGAGCACUUUAUAGAAGAAGGAGAUGAGUAUGAUAUCAAAUUGUCUGAGAUUGAGGAAUUACGGAAAGUUGUCGGAAUGAAGGAAUGGUCAGAAAGAGCCAUUGAAAUUACUUCGUGGGCUCCAACGAGUAAUAUGGAAAAGGACAUUGAUUUCGAAUACAAGAUGCGAUACACCAAUAAAGAUGUUAUAGCAUUGAUUCGAGAAGGAUCUCGAAGUUCAAGCAACCAUACUUCCCAAUUGAUAGCCAAACUUCAACAUAUGCUCGCCGAAGCUAAUAAACGCGAAGCAGAAGCUACAGAAUACUUCGAUAACCCUUCACUGGACAAGCUUCAAUCGAUUUGGAAAAAUCUGAGAACAUCAGACUGGUUCUACGAGCCAUAUAUCAACUUGGUCCGGUUUGAAAUUGGUCAAAUCGCAAAAAUUAAGUCAAUGAUAGAUUCUACAAUUCCCGCACUUUCUGGACUUGAUUUGAAACCUCAGCUUCUGCGUCUUGGAGACAGUUCAAUCACAUUUGCGAAAGCAGUAGAGUUGAGCAAAGCAUGUGAAUUAUCAAAGACUCUGCACAAAUCACAAGAACAUUCCUCCCUUCUUGAGCUGAUAAACAGAAUGAAUUUGUUCACGGAACGAAUAGCCAAGCUGUUCAAACCCAUGAAUUCUUAUCACAAUUUGUUUGAGAUUGUCUCGGAGCGUGAUGAUUUGACUCCUCUUGCAGAAGGACAGGUGUUGCAAUUGUACUACCAAGGAGAAACAAUCAAUUCUGGAAAUGAAUGGCAUCAAAUAAAAGACUUUGACUCCCUGGAACAGAUGCUCCAUCAUCAAUCUUCUCUCCGUGAAAUGCAAUCCAGAAUUUUCGAGAAAGUCAAACAAACGAAUUCUGCCCGUGGACUAGAGGGAUGUUGUUGUCUUGGAGGCAACAAAAGCGACUCAUCUGAAUCAGUGUUGUCAUGUAUCAUGUGUGAAUCGCAAUUUCAUGUCCGAUGUUGCGAGUGGUCCACAUUUUUCCAACAUUUACCAAAAGGAUGUUUCAUGUGUGUGCGUUGUUUGAGAGGACAACGUCCAGUGAUCGACGACGUUGCGAAUGCUUUGAAUGGAACACCAUCUGGUUGUAUGGAGACUCAUCUUGUUCGGAAUCUUAUCCAAAAGUCGAGGAUAAUCACUCAAAACCUCAUGGAUUGCUCAAACAAACGUCAGUCCGGUGAAGUCGCAAGUGAUGAAAUGUGCAAAAAAGCGCUUUUUGAUUGGCUCGCAUGUGAGAUAAUGAACCCCAACGGACUUCCCAAGGCUGUUGAAUUGAUCCACGAAUUUUUCGGAGAUUAUCUGGAAAAGCAAGCCAGCGCUGCUCUCGAGCUUCAACAAAGACCUGUCAAAUCGAAACCAUCCGCUUCUUUGUUCGAUCCCAAGUUGAAUUCUAAACGCAAAAGACCUAAUCCUUCUCAAAAAGAUUCAUCAAAAAGUAAAUCGCGUAAACGCCAAGGACAGAUUUCUCCAAUUGACUACUGCGAGGAAGAGACUGAGUUCAAGUCUUGCCAAGCACGAAGUUGUCUGAAGCCAUUCGGCGAUUCAGUCAAUUGGGUUAUGUGUGAUGCUGGCUGCAAAAACUGGUUCCAUGUGAUUUGUGUAGGGUUUACUCUUCGAGAAAUCAAUGAUAUGCACGAAUACCGUUGCUCAUCAUGCCUCGAUCACGCUGAUUCUCCAGCUUCCAGUGUUUCUACAGAAUGA